UGGACAGCAGCCGGACAGACAGACAGACAGACGGACAGGAGAACAGAGCUGUGUGUAUGGACGAGGGACACAGAGGGAGAAGAAGGGCCUCUGUUACUUAACUUAACCCGGAAAAAACAACAGCCAGUCCUGCUGAAGGAUUAACUCCCUGUCCGUGCUAACAUGGCCAUUCCCUCGGUGAUGGUGUUGCCUCUGCUAAUAGUGGUGGCAGCAGGGGUGUAUUACAUCUACAAUGAGGUCAUGCAGUUCAUGUCCAAGUCCUUAGUGCGAAACAAAGUGGUGGUGAUCACGGAUGCUGUGUCCGGGGUGGGAACUGAGUGUGCCCAUCUCUUCCAUAAGGGCGGUGCCAGGCUGAUCCUGUGCGGGACUAGCUGGGAUAAACUGGAAUCUCUGUAUGACUCUCUGACUAAUGACGCUGACCCCAGAGAGACAUUUGCCCCAAAGCUUGUGAUCCUGGACUUCAGCGAUAUGGACAGCAUGGAGGAUGUGGUGGCCGAGGUGGUGGAGUGUUACGGCUGCGUGGAUGUGUUGAUCUGUAACAGCAGCAUGAAGAUGAAGGCCCCGGUGCAGAGUGUCUCCCUGGAGCAGGACAGAAACAUCAUGGACAUUAACUACUUCGGCCCCAGCACUCUGGCCAAAGGUGUUCUUCCAACGAUGAUCUCAAGAAGGUCAGGGAACAUUGUGCUGGUCAACAGCAUCCAGGGAAGACUGGCUGUCCCAUUCAGAAGUUCAUAUGCGGCAUCUAAGCAUGCGGCGCAGGCCUUCUUCGACUGCCUGCGGGCUGAAGUGGAGGAGUUUGGGAUAGUUGUCAGCACCAUCAGUCAUACCUUCAUCAAUGCCUCCGACCCGCCGCCUGUGGAGGAACCCACCCCCAAACCAAACGCUGUGACUGCAUUUAUUGCCAAGCAGAUGACCCAUGGAGUGCGCCCGUCAGUCCUGGCCAAUGAGAUUAUGCAGACGGUGAACAGGAAGAGGAAGGAGGUUGUGCUGGCCCACCCCAUCCCCUGGGUGGCCCUUUACCUCCGCUCCCUCCUUCCCUCCUUCCUCUUUGCCGUGCUGAGCGCCGGAGUGAAGGACUCGGUGCUGGCUGAGCAGAUGCAGUAGGAGAAGGACUGAAAUACAGGACGAAAUCAUACGGAGAUGUGAAAGAAAGCGCGGCUUGUUUGGAAACGAGAGACGUGUAAAAGAAAGUGCUCGACACAAGGCUGGAUCACUGCUGCUCCAGGGCCCCACACAUUUAGGGGGGCCAAAGGCUUUAUGACACUAAAUCCUGUCUUUAUUUGUAAGAUUAGAUUAAAUAAUUACAAAACAAACAGAAAAUCAAAUCAAUGUAAUAAAUAUUCUUUUUGCAUCUUGC